UCCUCGCAGCAGUAGCAGGUGCAGCCCCGGGUGUACCAGGAGAGGCUGUGCGGCCAUGCCCUCCUACACGGUCACCGUGGCCACCGGCAGCCAGUGGUUCGCCGGCACCGACGACUACAUCUACCUCAGCCUGGUGGGCUCGGCAGGCUGCAGCGAGAAGCACCUGUUGGACAAAGCUUUCUACAACGACUUUGAGCGCGGCGCGGUGGACUCCUACGACGUGACUGUGGACGAGGAACUCGGCGAGAUCCACCUGGUUAGGAUCGAGAAGCGCAAGUACUGGCUCCAUGACGACUGGUACCUGAAGUACAUCACGCUCAAGACGCCCCACGGGGACUACAUCGAGUUCCCCUGCUACCGCUGGAUCACAGGCGAGGGAGAGAUCGUCCUCAGGGAUGGACGUGCUAAGCUGGCCCGAGACGACCAGAUCCACAUCCUGAAGCAGCACCGACGGAAAGAACUGGAAUCCCGGCAGAAGCAGUACCGGUGGAUGGAGUGGAACCCUGGCUUCCCCCUGAGCAUCGAUGCCAAAUGCCACAGGGAUUUACCACGAGACAUCCAGUUUGACAGUGAGAAAGGAGUGGACUUUGUUCUCAACUACUCCAAAGCGAUGGAGAACCUGUUCAUCAACCGAUUCAUGCACAUGUUCCAGUCCUCCUGGAGUGACUUCGCCGACUUCGAGAAAAUCUUCGUCAGGAUCAGCAACACUAUUUCUGAGCGGGUCAUGAACCACUGGCAGGAAGACCUCAUGUUUGGCUACCAGUUCCUGAACGGCUGCAACCCGGUGAUGAUCCGGCGCUGCACAGAGCUGCCCCAGAAGCUGCCGGUGACCACGGAGAUGGUGGAGUGCAGCCUAGAGCGGCAGCUCACUCUAGAGCAGGAGGUCCAGCAAGGGAACAUCUUCAUUGUGGACUUCGAGCUGCUGGAUGGCAUCGACCCCAACAAGACAGACCCCUGCACACACCAGUUCCUGGCGGCGCCCGUCUGCCUGCUGUAUAAGAACCGCGCCAACAAGAUCGUCCCCAUCGCCAUCCAGCUCAACCAAACCCCAGGAGAAGAGAACCCCAUUUUUCUCCCUUCCGAUGCCAAGUAUGACUGGCUUCUGGCCAAGAUCUGGGUGCGUUCCAGUGACUUCCAUGUCCACCAGACCAUCACGCACCUUCUGCGCACACACCUGGUGUCUGAGGUUUUUGGCAUCGCCAUGUACCGCCAGCUGCCCGCCGUGCACCCCAUCUUCAAGCUACUGGUGGCACAUGUGCGGUUCACCAUCGCCAUCAACACCAAGGCCCGGGAGCAGCUCAUCUGCGAGUAUGGCCUCUUUGACAAGGCCAACGCCACGGGCGGCGGCGGGCACGUGCAGAUGGUGCAGAAAGCCAUGCAGGACCUCACCUACGCCUCGCUCUGCUUCCCCGAGGCCAUCAAGGCCCGGGGCAUGGACAGCACCCAGGACAUCCCCUACUACUUCUACCGCGACGACGGGCUGCUGGUGUGGGAGGCCAUCCGGACGUUCGUGGCCGAGGUGGUGGGCAUCUACUAUGAGGACGACCAGGUGGUGGAGGAAGACCAGGAGCUGCAGGACUUCGUGCGGGACGUCUACAUGUACGGCAUGCGGGGCAGGAAGGCCUCAGGCUUCCCCAAGUCCAUCAAGAGCCGCGAGAAGCUGUCCGAGUACCUGACCGUGGUGAUCUUCACGGCCUCCGCCCAGCACGCGGCCGUGAACUUCGGCCAGUAUGACUGGUGCUCCUGGAUCCCCAAUGCGCCUCCGACCAUGCGGGCGCCGCCGCCCACGGUCAAGGGCCUGGUGACCAUCGAGCAGAUCGUGGAGACGCUGCCGGACCGCGGCCGCUCCUGCUGGCAUCUGGGCGCCGUGUGGGCGCUGAGCCAGUUCCAGGAAAACGAGCUGUUCCUGGGCAUGUACCCCGAGGAGCACUUCAUCGCGAAGCCCGUGAAGGAGGCCAUGGCCCGCUUCCGCAAGGCCCUGGAGGCCAUUGUCAGCGUGAUCGCCGAGCGCAACAAGCACAAGAAGCUGCCCUACUACUACCUGUCGCCGGACCGCAUCCCCAACAGCGUGGCCAUCUGACCCCGCCGCCAGGGGUGUGAGUGCGCGGCCGUCCUGCACGGAGCAGGCCCGCUCCCACACCCGGGCAGCGGCUGGGCCGGCUGGCUGACAGCCACAGUCAUGCCUAGUCCGACUCCUUGUAUGCAGUAGGUGCCCAGGAAAAUUCCUGUCGAAUGGAUUCUUUGUUGGUUACCAGAACUAGAGGAAGUCAUUUAAAACCCACGUGCUGGGUGGCCGGUGCUGUGGUGUAGCGGGUAAAGCCCCCGCCUGCAGUGCCGGCAUCCCAUAUGGGCGCUGGUUCGAGACCCGGCUGCUCCACUUCCGAUCCAGCUCUCUGCUGUGGCCUGGGAAAGCAGUAGAGGAAGGCCCAAGUGCUUGGGACCCUGCACCUACGUGGGAGACCUGGAAGAGGCUCCUGGCUGUGGAUCAUUGCAGCCUCAGCUGAAGAUGGAAGACCUCUCUCUGCCUCUGCCUCUCUGUAACUCUGCCUUUCAAAUGAACAAAUAAAUCUUAAAAAAAAAAAAAA